UGAUUUUAUAUUGUAAACGUGAUUCUUAGGAAGAAAACCUAAGCGAACCCAAUUGAUAAUCAUUUGUACAUUGUAAAAACGUUACAGGAGAUAACGAGCUCAAAAAUCUAUUAAACAAUAGCAAUCAGGAACAGAAUAAACACGAACCUCCUAAACAUCAGAGAUGAGAUCAGGUGCCAUGGAGGAGUGAGCAUCCCCUGUCAACCAGUCACACCCGCUGUUAGCUCCUUGUCAUGAUCUGGAAAUGACAGGAAAAUCCGAUGAUAUUUUAGCCUUGGAAGAACUAGGGCUGAUAAAGCAAAUUAAACGCUUUGCUGGAACAAGUGUUGGUUCAAUGACUGCUUGCAUGGUAGCCCUUGGUUACAAUUCCACGAAAAUAAAAGAAGUUUUGGAGAAAGAUUUCAGAACGUUCUAUGAUGCAAGAUUAGGACGAUUAAGUCUUAUACCAAAUAUGUUGUUCCAUCUGGGAUGGCAGCCAAUGAACACAUUAUUUGAAUUUUUUGGAGAUCUUGUUGCGGAAAAGCUUGGGAAUAAAGAUGCUACCUUUAAAGAUUUGUACACAAAAACUGGGAAGGAGCUUUGUAUCGUGGUGAUGAAUGUAAACAAUAUGGAGGAAGAGUACUUCCACCUUAAAACAACUCCCAAUGUUCCUCUCAGAAUGGCUAUGCGCAUGUCAGCCAGCUUGCCAGGAUUGAUGCAACCCGUUCAAUAUGUAAUAUCCGGCCAAAAAAAUCUCUAUAUAGACGGAGGAAUUCUGGUUAACUAUCCCAUUUCGUGUUUUGAUGGGUGGUGGUUAUCAAUGAAGAAAGAAGAUACAUUUUUCAAAAGGUUACAACCAAUUGAGAAAAUUAAUUAUAUUAUGGACAAAAGACAGAGGUUUGCUCGGGAUGAAUUGAAAGCCUCAAAAACUUUGGGUUUUGUAUUGUAUAGUGAUAAUGAACAGCAGAGCUUCAGAGACGUGUACGAGAGUAGAGAAAACAGACGAAUAGUGUACCCCGAUACAAAAAUGGGCAGACAAGCUACACAAAGAAUGAAAAAAGAAAUGAAGCUGAGAAAAGAACAUGUGCUUGUAAAAGACGCCAUUAAUAAAUUUUUAGAGCUUUCAUCGAAAUUUGACGAGAACAGCGAUGAGACAAUAAGUAAGGAUGAGCUGGCAGCUAUCUUAAAUGACAAAAGUUUCACUGAAAGUGAAAAAGAACGCCUUUUUGGAAAAGGUGUCACUGUGGAGGAUGUUCUUAAUCGCUUGGAUAAAGAUGGAAAUGGCAAGUUGAAUUUUCGUGAAGUCGUCAUGUUCAUUGAGGAAAAUGGAUUUUCAAUAGUAAAUUGCAGCCACGGGUUUAAAAGAGAGGAAGUGACGACAUUGCUGAAUCUUGUUCAGGCAAUUUAUACAGGACUAUCUUGUAACGUCACGCAAGUGGGAAUCAGUUCAGCAGAUGUGUCUAGAACAGUUGGCAUCAAUACUCAUUAUGUAGGGACAACGGUCUUUGACUACGAAAAGGAAGAUGUGGACUUUCUUAACAAGGAAUCCUAUAGAUCUACCAUGACAUUCUUGAAACAUUUUGCUGAAACAAAGAUGAAGUCUCGGAUGGAAAAAGAAAAACAGUAGAAUGCAUUUACCUGUGUAAUUACAUUGUCUUAAAUAAAAUAUUUUGGAAGCAGACUUAAUUCUUUUUAAAUUACUUUCUUUUAACAUGUUCAACAACAUUUAUAAAAUUGUAAUUGAUUUAAGAAGUUUGACAUUAUUUCUGCUCUGUCUGUCCUCCAUAAUUAAAAUAUGACCAUCCCAUUCUUUUCUUUUCUCGUUGUAUGUUUAUUGUUUUACCUUGUACAUAUGUAUAAGACUUUCAUUUAUGCUCUUGUAAAUGUAUCAUAUAUUCAUUUUUUUU